CAUGGCUUCCUCAUAGUCAUCUGUUGGUAGGAUCUGGCUCUUCUGCAGCCCCUUCAGCUGUGCCAGAUGGAUGAUGAGCUUGCAUUCCUCCUCCGUCAGGAAGUCAGGAAUUUCUGCAGCAAAAGCGUGAGCAGCAACAGAAGCUGAGGAAUUGUUAGAGUGAAACACUGUACCAACGGCAGGUGGCUCAGAAGGUAAGAAAUAGAGGUGCUGGGGCCAUCUACAAACUGCCUAAGCUGGGGAGUUUCAAAUGUAUCCAGCCUUCUAUCAGAAUAGCUCUUAAAGAGCUCACACCACACACCUGAGCAGCUGGAGGUGGGUAUUUUUACAGCAGCAGUUCCUAAAUGUUUGGACCCAGGGGUCAAGCCCUUAAACUCUCACAGGUACAACAAUGGACAAAGGAGAGAACAAACACGUGCAUAUCACCGCGUAUUAUCACUUCAAAGGCGACAUGUGGAUCGCAUUCUGGGAACUGCUUCUCUGCGGGAAGGCAGGCUAAAACCCUUUGCGCUGGGCAGCGGUGAUGGCCAGGGUUUCAGGCUUCCUUGCCCUCACAUGGAGGGGGCGGCACUUUGCACAGAAUCAAACACCUUGCAGGGGAACCUGGCCUAGUGCUCUGCUAAGAAACUCAAACAGCACGGAAACAACUUCCAAACUUAUUUCCACUCAUUCCUUGAUCCUCCAUUAAAAAGGCUCUUCAAAUUUAUUAUUACAGAGGAAGACGCCACACAUGCAGACACCACCUUCCAUACCCAGGUAGCAUCCCAGUAUCACUAGGUUUCCUUUGCAGCACACCAUCAGCAGCAAUCAUGCAAUACUGGGAAUCCCAAGCAAAUUUAAAUGCAGAGAAAUCUACUGAUGACUAUGAGGCUAAGAGAUUCCCAACUGCAUGGAGCACUGGCAACACAGUUACACUGUGGCCCAGCAGGUUGAGAAGAUCCUGCUAGCUGAUGUCCAUUACUGCUACAGGGAUCUUGUUACCAGCUGCUGAGACUUUUGAAAAGAGAAAUAAAACCCCAUCAAAGCAGGAUAGGCUUAACUGCUCCUAGGCCUAAGGUCUUGCUCACCAAAACACAGCUCCCUAGAGCACCUGCAGAUAUGUGCCAAGAACACAUUCUGCCGCCAGUAUAGCGGCAAUCCUCAAAGGGGGGGAAAAACCCCAAGUUAAUUACUUUCAUGACCUUAAAUCAACCCUAUCAGCUCCAACUGUCAAAAAGCAGUUGGCUUCUUCCUAAGCACAGACCAGAACUUGCCCUGGAGCAAAUAGAUGUUCCUGGGAAGCCCAAGAUACACAAUGCAGCCGGCUGUAUCCCUAACACCCUCCAAGGAAACAAUUUCCGCCAGAGGCAGCACAGGGUCCUUGUGCCAGAGGAUGCUUCAGAGCUGGAGCUUCCGCUGGCCAGUUUGAACCUCAUGGCAUGGCACCAGGUCUGAGUGAACCGUGUGUGCUGGCAAGCAACACCCCCAGUAUUUCCACUUCCCCAAACUGGGCUACAAUAAUAAUGGCUUCUGGAAUCUUAAUUACAUGCUGGAGGAAGGACAAUCCUGCUCUUCAGCAGUAGUAACGGGAUUUUGUAAUGAAGCAAAGAUUCUGUUAACCUGAAAGUGCGCUGUCACACAGGUUGCGUGGUGAGGGGGUUUCCAGCUAAGCACUGCCAAUCCUGUCUGCAAACAACCUGGAUCCACAGCUGCAAAUUAGUUCCUCUUUACCCGCAGCUCUCCAAAAUGGUUAACUUCUGGCUGUGAAACCAUCCUAUCUCCCUGCCCGCUCAACAAUAGAUCCAGCUAAACAAAUGUCUCCUAAUUGACUUUGAGCAACACUUGAUUGCUUUUACAAAAAACAAAAGAGAGGAAAACAUUGGGGUUUAUGAAAUAAUGACUAAUCCUGGAGCAAGAGAAAGGGGAUGGGUUCAAGCACUGGUGUCAAACAGAGAUUCAAUCUCCGCUGAAAGAGCCCCAAGACACAUGGGCCAAGUCAUUCAUCCCUCCCCAACUGCCCUCAUUUCCACACCUGCUGAUCUAAGCCAAACCCCUGCUAAAAUCCAAACAAUCGGGGCCGCUGGCAAACAAAAAUUGGAGCAUUGUCUUCCCCAUGAGGGCUCUGAAAGGGCCGCACUUAAUGAGGAUGGAUUGUCAGAGAGGUGGCUCGUAGGCUAUAAAAGGCAUCCCACAGUCGCGAGCAGCUCAGUCUGGGGUGCGCCGCCUGUCCGCCUGCUCCCAGCUUGCUCUGAGCAUGGUCACAGCCGACCGCAGGCACCCCCUGAGGUUGGGCAGCCCAUGGCUGCUGGGUCUCCUGACGCGCCUGCUGCUCUGGGGCUCUCCGGGAGCCUGGGCAAGCUACCUGAGGAGAUCCUCCAGCUGCACGCCCAUCCCACACCACAUGGCCUUGUGCUACGAUAUUGGCUAUUCGGAGAUGAGGAUUCCCAACCUGCUGGAGCAUGAGACUAUGUCAGAAGUGAUCCAGCAGUCUUCCAGCUGGCUGCCCUUGCUGGCCAGGGAGUGCCACCCAGACGCUAGGAUUUUCCUCUGCUCCCUCUUUGCACCAAUCUGCUUGGACAGGCUCAUCUAUCCCUGCCGCAGCCUGUGCGAAGCUGUCAAGAGAAGCUGCGCACCCGUCAUGGCUUGCUAUGGCUACCCCUGGCCCGAAAUCCUGAACUGCAACAAGUUCCCUGCAGACCAUGAACUGUGCAUCGCAGCAGUCUCCACAGAUGAAAAUUCCUCCAGCAGGAGAAUGCCCCGAGCCAGCUGCAAGGACUGCGAGCUAGAGGAGGCCAGCACUGCCAGGGAGAUCCUGGAAAACCUCUGUGCGAACGAUUUUGCAGUGAAAAUCCGAAUCCUGAGGAAGAAUAUGACUACCACCAUCUCGGACUUUGACCUAGAUGCCUCCAGGGUAGAGGUCCUGAAGCACGGCCCACUCCUCCGAACCGAAAUCCCCAUCAGGCUCCAGCAGUGGCUGGACAUAGAUGCUACCUGCGUCCACAACAUCAUGAGAGGCACUCACGCAGGGGUCUUCAUUGUAAGCGGCGAAGUACAGAGUGACAAAGUGGUGGUGAACAAGGCCUACGCUUGGCAGAAGAAGAACAGGAACCUGCAUCAGGCAGUGCGGAGGUGGAAACAUCACCGCUGCCCUGAACAGGCUGGCCGGAGGGUCUGAAAAAUCUCAAUUCCAACACGAAGAAACUGCUCCUUUCCCUAUGGCUAGAAAACUCCCUCCCCUGGCAGGUGGUGUUUUGGAGAUGUACAGAGAAUAUUUUUAGGUGAUUCAAAGCAGUCGUAGUCCACAGAUAGGGCCUCACCACAGAUCUCAGUUUUACUGAAACAGAGUUUAAGGAUGCAGAUUUAACAUAUUCCUCUCACAAGGCUCUGCAGAUCCAGGACUUGCAAUGGACAGCUUUGUGUAGGAUCCAACAUCACAACUGAACUCAAAUGAACUCUGCAGGCAAGCACAAACUAGAAGAGACAUAUAAUAACCAUUCUUUCUAGGUCUCAUUGUCAAAGCUGAUAGCCAUUUCAGCUUCAUUGUUUGACCCUGAGACACUGAUGCUGUCCAAGUGCCUGCUUGUUUUCUCUCCAGAGAGAUUACAGGAAAGUCUCCCUGACUGCUAAGAGAUGCUUUUUUAGGUCAUGGAGCAAACUCUUUACUUUUGAACAGUCUGAGGUAAAUUAAGGGGGAGAAGAACACACACAAGCGAUGCCCAGUCCCUUAAAAAAUUAAUGCUAAUUCUUCACUAUUGAUCAGUCACUCAGGCUGUCCCUUUAGCUUGCUGCACCAAGGUAAAAGGAAACAGCCAUUCUUAAGCAGGAAAGGCACAGAGCAAAGAUAGCAGAGGAUUUCUGCCAUAAUAGGAAAAGAACAUUUUUUAACAUCAGAAACCGGGUUUGGAUCAGAAGAUUCUGGUACCUGGGGAACUACCAAAGAUACUGCAAGAGCCUUGAGAAAGCAGAGCAGGACAUCAGCCAUUUAAACCUCUGCUCUGGUGUGCAACAGCAGCUUUUCUGGGGACUUGAAGGUGAGCCCUAACCACAGCACAGCAGGAGAUACUUGCAGUUCUGAUAUUGGGGGUAAGAAACGUCACACGUUUGUCUGGCCUUCUCCCUGCAUGCAGGAAAGACCGAAAAGGUGGCAAAAGGCAGCUCUCUGCAGUUCACGCUCUCACCCAAGUAGGGACCGUAAUUCCCUGCACAGGUAAAGACAGCUACAGCUCCACACUCCAGACCACAGAGCAGAGAACAGCAAAUCCUCAAAUAAGAAAACAAGCCAGAUUUGUACUGUCCAUGGAAAAGUUUCUACACUGGAUUAAACUUGGGACUGAAAUAAGAAAACAAGGGGAAAAUGCCUUUUGGGAGAAAUUCUUUCUGCCUUGUUUGUGAGCCUGCAGCCUCAGCUGUGGAGAGUACCACUUGGUUUGAUGGAGACACAUUGCCUCCCUGUGCUUGUAAAGCACACUGACAACCCACGAUAAGAUCUCUUCGGAUUUAGUGUAGGCCGAGACGAGCACGCAGACGUUCACACUGAAAUUCAGCUGCACCUCGACAUCCGUGCAGUCAUUAUUUCUAUUCCUUGAGGUACUGAAGGAAAACACAGUGAGAUUUCCUAUUUUUAUUCCUCCCUACUGCCUUGUCUUACAAACGGCCGCCCGAGGCACAGAAUCCACUGCCAGGUGGUCCCUGCAAUCGCAGCAUCUUCUGAACAGACUGCGUUUGGAAAACAUGACAGAACACAUAAAAGCUCUGAAGGUUGAAAAGGCUUUGUCUGAUAUUUGUUUUCCAUUAAUGGGGUUAUUUGAUUACUGGUGUUUCCUAACUAAAAAGUGCACAGAUGGUCUGACUUGCAAGCUUUAGAAAUGACGUCUGGUAGCCAGAGGGGGAAAAAUAGGGCAGGGACUACUUCUGGCUCCAUGAAAUACGCUUGGGUUCAAUGCAGAUGACUUAGCUACAUUUAUAAAACAAACUGCAAGAUCCCCUCCGGUGCCAGCGCCAUGCUGCAAAGCACAGAGCGCACAUUAAAUCAUUAACGAGCCGUUCGCUGCUGCAGUCCCACUACAGCCUGCACCACGGAAAGCCAAGAUCGCAAACCAGCCACUUAUUCCCUUAAACGGGCUCUCGCACGCAACAAUACUUUGUGCUGAGUAAAAUCACCAGAAAUUCAAGAGCCCUUUGCCAGCAGCUUCUGGGUUUGUCUAACACCACCAAGUUAAAUAUACACUUUCACUAAUUUAAAUAACACAGAUACAAUAAAUUUUGGCUUUAAAAAACCAGCUGAUUUAGAUUGGUGCUGUUUGCAUAGAUAGAGGAAUCUCUGGAAGUCUUUUAAAGUCAGGGCUGGCUCCUGGCAGGUUCAUCCAUGAGAUAAGAGCUGUCUUGCGACUUGCGGUUUCUAAAUAAGGGACUCUAUCAGAGGACGAAGGAGAACAGACUCGCAUGGCAUCUCAAAUGCUGAAUGUCCACUGCUGUCUGUGAUACCUCCUCAGGGAGCAAAGCUUCCCCCAGAACUGACAGAGAUGCCGAAGUGACAAGUUAAAAGCUUUGGGAUUAGUGCUGCCAGGACCAGCCUGCCUUUUCUCAACCUCAGCACCUCUCUCGGAGGCCAGGAUCAGCUCUUUACUUCAGCAGCACCAGCAGAGUAGAGGAAGUGGGAACAGGAGUCUUCUCGAAAGAAAAUCAGAGCGACUGCCCCAGAUUAUGGUUCUGGUAAUGAGGUCAGCUUUGUGAUGGCUGUUGGGUAUCAGUUCUAGGUUGGUGUGUCUGUUCACUGAAUGUCAGAAAUCCACUUGGAGAUCUGCAGCCCGUGAGCACUACAUAUAUAGAAAUGGCAGAAGAACCUACCUGGUUUAUGGCCGAGCUUUCUGUGUGGAUUUGGAAUCAGAAAAAAACCUUCUUACACUACUGAGAAAGCAUCUAACACUCUCAGCGCUCUUUUCAAGUACAAUAGGUUUUCUCUGACUUUGCAGUAGCAGGAAUUUUGUAAUUAUCUGUCCUUAAAAAUUAAUUUGUAUAUUCUCAGUGGAUUUCCAGAACACGGGGUUCCAUUAAUGACACUUACCUGCCACAGCACAAAUCACAGAAAGAAGAAAGGUAAAUAUCUGAAAGAAGGAUAUUGUGGGGUUGUGUACCAGUGCAGCCAGAAAUAAAGAUAAAUCUAGAACAAAUGAAUGCAAAAUGGUGGAAGACAUUAAAUCUAUCCGUUCUCCCGUUACUCCUUUCCUCAGCACUGAAGCACCAACACUAAAUCACUUUCUCAUAAUUUAUUACCAAAACUUUGGGGAUCUCUUGUCUCCUACUAAUACUCAUCUUCUUCGGGGUCCUCAUCAGUGAUCUUCUCUCUGUCUGUCAUAUUUCAAAGGGAAAACCUGGAAAGGUUAAUCUGCCAAAUUCUUCUAAGUGGGCCAUCCCAAGCAAGUAACCUCUGGGAACACUGCAGCAAAGACCUUAAGCAGAACCCCACUCUUUUUCAGGCAGUCCCAAGGGAAAAGCCAGCCCUGAGAAAGCAGUUGGGGAGAGCGUGAGACUGAGGGGAGACCUUAUCACUGUCAACAACCAUCUGAAAGGAGGUUGUAAUUAGGUGGGUGUUGGUCUCUUCUCCCUAGUUGCGUUCAGGGAGGUUCAGAUUAGACAUUAGGAAAAAUUUUUUCACUGAAAGGGUUCUCGUUCACUGGAACAGCUGCCCAGGGAGGUGGUUGAGUCCCCGUCCCUGGAGGCAUUUAAAAGACAAGUAGAUGAAGUGCUUAGGGAUGUGAUUUAGUAGUGGACAGGGACAGUUGGGCUUGAUGAUCUCAAAGGCCUUUUCCAACUAAGUAAUUCUAUGAUUCUAUAAAUUAGGAACUAACUCCACUUGGUUUUGUUAUGGCUUUAAAUUGGAAUGAGGAAGAUUUAGACCAGACAUCAGGAAGAAAUCCUUCAUCAUGAGGGUGGUGAGGCACUGGUACAGGUUUCCCAGGGAGGUUGUGGCUGCCCCAUCCCUGGAGGUGUUCAAGGCCAGGCUGGAUGAAGCUUUGAGCACUCUGAUCCAGUGGGACAUGUCCCUGCCUAUUGCAUCAGGGUUGGGACUGGAUGGGCUUUGGGGUCCCUUCCAACCAAAACCAUCCUAUGGUUCCAUGAAGUGCUUAGGGAUGUGAUUUAGUAGUGGACAAGUAUGGUUGGGCUUCAUGGUCUCAAAAGUCUUUUCCAGCCUAGAGAUUCUAUGGUUCUAUGAGACAGACAGCAGGGGUGAGAGUGAGGGUGCCAGCAGGGGCAACACGGGGUAUGACAGCAGCGGUGAGAGCGGAGGUGAGGGGGGACACGGGGGUGACAGCGAGUGUAACACUGGGGUGACACCGAGGGGAACAGCAGGGGUUACAGCCGGGGUGAGAGGUGACACCAGGUGUGACAGUGGGGAUGACAGCAGGGGCGUGACAGCGAGUGUAACACUGGGGGUGACAGCGGGGUUAGAGCAGAGCUGAGGGGUGACAGCGGGGGGAGAGCCCUGCCGGGCC